AUGUCAGUUCCUCCCCUUCUGGACCUCACAACUCAUCGAGUCAUAACAUGUAUUCGUGCAGGAACAUUCCCACCCAUACCCUACCAACUUGACCCCGACUUAAGUAAACGACUUUUCGACGAGCACAAUAGAAUAUUUGACGGAGCAGUAACGAGAUCAGUGGCGAAGGAUCUCUGCUCAUUACUCAACGUAACUGAAAUAGAUAUAUCGAAUGCUAUUCUUACAAGAAAUGAGCUCAUUAUACUGAAGAAUAUGAAUUUAGUGUCGCUGGCAAUGGGAGAUUUGACGGAAUUAGGACCGAAUAACACAGAAUCACACAAUCGCAUCAAACUUGAGGCAAUGCUGAGAAAAUGUUUGAAUGAAACAACACUUCAACAGUUACGUCAUUUGGAUUUAAGUUCCACCGGUGUAUAUUACUUCAGGGGAUGGCUUGAAAAUGUAUCAAAAAUGUUCCCGUCACUUGUCAGCUUUUCCGUGGCGAGUGAACAAUUGUCUCUCACAGAGUUCAGAACGAUUUGCACCAAUUUCCGGAAUCUUCGUGUUCUUGACAUUUCUGAUACAGGUUUGAGAUCUCUCGGAGGGAUUUCAAACUUACCAAAUAUUGAAAUACUAGCCAUUGGUGGUUUGAGAUCUCUCACUUCGUUGGGUAUGCUUGAAAUUUUCGAACUGAAAAAGAUUCGAGUUUUGGACUUGUCGAGUAGAAUAGAUUUACGAGCACACACGUGGAUGUUUGACAGAUUUCUUGAUUGCAACAAAGUCCUGCCGGAGCUGAGAUCAAUCGAUUUGUCUGGAACUUUUAUCUUGCUCGAUAGACUUGAAAACUUUAUCAAAACGCAUCCCACUCUGGAACAAAUUUCACUUCUUGAGACCUCCUGUAGUGACCUGCAGAUGGUUUAUCCAGGCAUCCAGAUUCUUGUACAGAAGUGUUUGCCCACUGCGUGUGUGUCAUUGAGUCAUUACACAAAACUGAAAAACUAUAACUCAACAGAAGUCGUUUUAGAAAACACAUUUUGGCUAAUGAUUGAAAAACUUGACAAAGAGAACGAAUCUACCAUAAGAGACUGGUUCCGCGCAAUUUGCGAAGCUAUCAAACAAUUUCCAACGGGAGUAUGUAUUGAUAAAUGGGCGCUGAAAUGUUUGGAUCAGAUAAGCCGAAAACAGAGGAUUCAUACUCUCUCACUUGCCGAACGUCACGAACUAGUGAAUGUCCUGUUUAAGCUUUGUGAUGAUAGGCUUGACUACAAAGAGGAUGAACUGGAAGCUGAAGUAAUUCAUGGUGUAUGGCUCAUAUUGGGUAACACGUAUUUUCUCUCUACGCCAAAUCUGAACGUCCGGAAGAUUUUUGAGAAUGCACUCGAGUAUUGUCUCAUUGAAAAAGCACGCCCCAUUCAAAGUGUUUGUAUGAAAAUUAUGAAAUACACAUUUGAGAUUAUGAAGCCGGAAGAUCAGAAAGAGAUGUUUGGAAACUUGGAUAUUUGUCGAGAUAUUGUUGAAUCUCUCAACUUUUUCUAUAGAUUAAAACAGUUCAAGAAAUAUCAAUUUGUACUGAAAUUCAUUAUUAAAUUGGUCGAGUAUCAUCCAGUGAACUUUGUGAAAGCUGGAGGAGUGAGUAUCUUUGUGAGACAUUUGAUAAGAUACAGUCAGGUGGAGAGCUUGAAAAUGUUGAUAGUUUUGGCUUUAACUGGAAACUCGGAGUUCAUUAGAGAGCUGUCAACACCGGAAAAUGUUCGAGGCUUUGUACGCUACUUGCAUAAAUGCAAACCGAAACUAAAUUACUUUACAAACGUCAAUUCUGUGAGUGAGAAAACAUUUCUAGUCUGCUGUAUUCUCAGUGUAAUCGUUUACUCUAUCGACGAGAAACGUUUCAACUCAAUAUAUUGGAAGAAUAUUGUGAAACUUCUCAAGGAGGUUCUCACUACUCUGGCAGAAGAACCAGGUUAUCCAUGUGUUCAUCUUGAAGAAGUUUUCGAAACAUACUUUGAGAAAAGAACGAUUGAUGUGAAGGGACCAAUUCAAGACAUCCAGUGUCACAGAGAGGAGAAAGGGGCUUGUUUUUAUUGUUGA